GUAUCCCUGGGAACAACGCCAUGGGCCCCUCAGGACCACCCGGACCUCCAGGCCCUGCUGGACCGCCAGGGCCACAGGGACCCCCUGGUCUUCAAGGACCCUCAGGUACCUCCUCACUUUAAUUCCCUUUGGGCCAAAUCCUGAUUUAUUUGUGGUGUUCAACCUUUCAUCAAAAAAACUGACACAUUAAUUGUUUUCUAAUCUGCACAGGGGGCAGAGUCAGAGAUAGCCAGGUGUGUUACUCUUUCAAUGUUUUGAUGAUUUAAAAAAAGAUUAUGUCCACUUUUCCACAAAUUAAUUAUUUAUUGUUGUGUUACAGCCUGCUGUGGUACAUCUCCAAGGCCAAGAAACAACAAUACAGGUCAAGGAAGGUAAGAGUUAAAUUUUAGAUACUCUCGUCCUCACAUCACUUAAUGACUAAAAGAAAGGCACAUUUACAGUCAGAAAUCAUUUUCAAGAAGUCUCUUAUUUGUUAUUAGUUCCUCUAAGAAUAGAUCGGAAAAAGUUAAGACAUUAAUUCACUGCAGGAGACAUACACAUACACAUUGUAUUUAAAUUUUUUGACAAUGCAACAAUGAAGAACUCUGUCUAUAAUUGUAUGACAAUGACGGAUGUUGAGUGACUGCCCUUUUCUCACGCUGAGAUCUUUCAGAAGGCGUACUGAGAAACUGGAAAAUGAUAUCCAUGCAUCACAAGGUGUUCAAGAUGCACUCGAGGUCUGGGGAGCUGGAGGUGUUGGUAGAUGGCACCUACUUCAUCUAUAGUCAGGUAGAAGUGAGUACGGUCUUAGGCCUAACUCUUCCUAUCGCCUGCAUGUCACUCAUCCUUUCACUCUGCAGUCCCAGUGGAUUAUGCUAUCUCAAAGGUUAGUAAGGUCAAAAUAUCUAAAUUGGCUGUGGUAAGGCCGACCAUUCUAGGCAUAAUCUAUAAUGAAUCCUUAGCUUUGAGUCUAAACUUUAUUACUGACAGAAAUCCAAAUUAGACCCCCAUGAAAUUACUUGUAUUAAAUAGCAAUUAUCUGGCAUACUGAAGGCUACAUUUCUCAGAACACACAUGGUUGAUUUUGCCAGUGCUCUUGGCUGCAGAGGGAAAUGUCUGGAUGAGUGAAGUGAAUGUAUUGCAUGCCCUUCAAAGUGAGCCACAUUGUACAAAGUGGAUCAUAUGCUGUGGUAAUUAUAACCCAGUUUGCCUGAUAUAUCUCAUGAUUGGAAAUAAGUUAAGUUAAAUAAGUAGUCUAGUAGUUCAUUAUCUGCAUUCUCAUAUUUGUGUUAUUUCCUCAGAAUUUAAAAUAAUAUUUAUGGUUUGUCCCCACAUAACUUUUCCUACCAGGUUUACUACCUCAACUUCACUGACAUUGCUAGCUAUGAGGUGAUGGUGGACAAGACACCGUUCCUGCGCUGUACGCGGAGCAUCGAGACGGGACAGCGGAAGUUCAACACCUGCUACACGGCUGGGGUGUGUCUGCUGCGUGCCCGGCAGAAGAUCUCCAUCAGGAUGGUGUACGAGGACACCUCCAUCAGCAUGACCAACCACACCACCUUCCUGGGGAGCAUCCGCCUCGGGGAGGCCCCCCCGGCCAGCCACUCCUGA